ACUCAAACCAGACAGAUCGUUUUCAUUUGAAAGUAUAAUUGAAAAAAAAUGAAUUACCCACAAUUACUAUUAAAAAUAUUUUUAUUAAUAGUUAAUGUUUUAUUAAUAAAAGGAGAUCACCAUAAACAUAGUGGUCAUAAUUAUGGCAGCUUUUAUUCAAAGUUAUCGACGAUCACGUAUGAUUAUUUGGGAAAUUGUUAUGUGGAAGCAGCUCAUCAUAAAGGACGCUGCAUACGUUACCAGGAAUGUGAGAGUGCAGUGAAGGCCUGGCAAAAAUAUCAACAAUUUCCUAUUUCCUGCUAUUACACCAGUUAUGAGAAUUAUGUUUGCUGUCCAGAGGCUUUUGUUAAAUCGAAAAAACGAAAAUCAACCACGCCUUCCCCACCACCAAUUCCCUAUUAUCUUUACUAUAACAAUCCAUUUUAUGCCAAAGCAUCUAGUGUAAAUCUAGUCCAGGAAGAGAGAAUAAGUGAAAAGGAAUGUGCUUCAAUAUAUACUAAUCUAGGCAAUCAGUAUACUGUUCAACAUCAACAUCGUUCUAAAAGGAAUGCUAAUAGUACAGAUCCAUUACUCAGUGUAGAUGAUGCUCAAGAACCUGUUCAAGAAGAAACCAUUAAAAGAGUUAAAGUAGUCGAAUCUCAAGCAGUGGGCGGUAUACCAACAUAUGCCAAUGAAUUUCCCUAUAUGUGCGCUCUUGGCUGGCGUAAAUUUUCUUCCAAAAACUCUGAAGUUUCCUAUAAUUGUGGUUGUGUUUUAAUAGCUCGCAAAUAUGUUUUGACUGCUGCCCACUGUGCCACCUUAGGAGGUGAAUCCCCUUCAAUAGUACGUUUGGGUGGCGUAGACUUAGACAAGCCUGGCGCAGAAAUUAUCAAAAUUCAACGCAUUAUUCAGCAUCCAGAUUACGAAUCGCAAUUGGCCUAUAAUGAUAUUGCUAUAGUGAAAUUGCAAAAGGGAUCCAGCUACACACCUGCUUGUUUGUGGACCAAAGUGGGUUUGCCUCAACAAACUUUAACAGCUAUGGGUUAUGGUCAUACAAAAUUUGCUGGUCCCAUUUCAAAUACUCUUCUCAAAGUCUAUCUCAAUGUUUUAACAAAUCAAAAUUGUAAUCCAUAUUACACCAAAGAGGAUAAACUGAAAAACGGCAUAAGUCUGGGACAAAUAUGUGCUGGAGAUCCUCAAGGCAAAAUGGAUACAUGUCAGGGUGAUUCUGGUGGUCCUUUGAUAAUGAAGGAAUCUAAAUAUAAUACUCAAGUACCCUUUAUAGUCGGUUUGACUUCAUUUGGAGAGGGUUGUGCUACAAAUAUACCCAGUGUUUAUACUAGAAUAUCUUUUAACAAAGUUAAUACACAGUUUAGUAUUUUAAAAUACAAUCAGGCACAAAAUAAUAUACUACCUACAAAUUUCUAUAAUAUUGGACAAAAUUUUCAAACGAUACAAUAUACCACAAUUCCAAAUCCAAUUACACAAAAUCAAUUUACCUUUUCGAACAAUGUGCAAAAUCAAAAUGUAUUAAAUUCAAAUCAAAGAAAUCGCGGAACUGUAAAUUAUCAAACGUUACAAUAUAAUAACAGUCCCAAUCUAAAUCCAAUUAUACAAAGUCAAAUAACAUUUGCGAAUAAUGUGCCAAAUCAAAAUAUAAUAACUACAAAUCAAAGAAAACAACAAUAUAGUGUAAAUACAAUAAGAAAUCCAGCAUCAGUGCAGCCUCAAGGAAGAGCUCUUGGCCGGCCUUCCACAACGAGUGUUGUUAGGCCCCAACAGUAUGCCAAUAAUGGAAAUACAAUAAGAAAUCCCGCAUCAGUGCAGCCUCAAGGAAGAGCUCUUGGUCGGCCUUCCUCAACGAGUGCUGUUAGCCCCCAACAGUAUGCCAAUAAUGGAAAUACAAUAAGAAAUCCAGGAUCAGUGCAGCCUCAAGGAAGAGCACUUGGUCGGCCUCCCGCAACGAGUGCUGUUAGCCCCCAACAGUAUGCCAACAUUGCAGUAGCAAACCGUAACUCUAAUACUCCCAUAUUUAAAAGUAGAUUUAGUGCAGAUGACAAUAACGAUGGCAAAAGUACUCAACCUAGUGCUCAAACCUUUAAAUAUCAAUACUCCAAGGGUUGGUCAGUGCAUGAAGCUUUAAGUGUAGAUGAUCUUGUUAAACCUCAGUUGGCAUAUCGCAAAUAUUCAAAUUAUUCCACACCAAAUGCACCGGAUGAUCAAUACUAUCAAAAGUUCUAUAAUAUUUACAAUUAUGAGGAGAAUCAGGGAAGACAAGAUUUGAUUCAAUAUGAAAUGGAAUCAGUAAAUGAUGAUUUUAAUGGCCGUUCAAUUGUAGCACCUGGUCAAUACCCUCAUAUGGCUGCUAUAGGAUUUUUGUCAAAUGAGGAAAAAAUCGAUUUCAAAUGUGGCGGCAGCUUAAUAAGUCAUACGUUUGUGAUAACAGCAGCCCACUGUUGCUAUUUAAGUGGAGAAACUCCCAUUAUAGUAAAAUUGGGUAUUAUAAAUCUCAAAGAUCAAACCGGCAAUAGUAAUCCUCAAAGACGUGCCAUAAAGGAAAUAAUAGUUCACCCGAAAUAUAAUGCUACAAUGACUUAUCAUGAUAUAGCCUUGCUUAAGUUACAAAAACCCGUGGAAUUUACGAAAUUUGUUCGCCCUAUUUUGCUGUGGACCAGCGAUCAUAUACCCUAUGAACGUGUAUUUACCAUGGGCUAUGGUUCCACCAGUUUUGCCAAGGCACCCACCAACAUUUUAACCGAAUUAAGCCUGUCUUUAAUACCCCUGCAGCAGUGUAAACAAACUUUACCGCGUAAUGAAAAGACUCCCCUUGGCAUUGUGGAGACUCAAAUAUGCGGCCGUGACUUAGAAAAGAAUCGUGAUACCUGUCAGGGAGAUUCGGGUGGACCCCUACAGUUGAAUUUGGAACAUCGUAAGCAUCGCAAUACAUAUCGUUAUUAUCUUGUGGGCAUUAUAUCGUAUGGAGAAUUUUGUGGCAGCAAACAGCCCGGUGUCUAUACACGAGUGUCGUCGUAUUGCAAAUGGAUUGCUUCCAUUGUGUGGCCGGAAUAUUUUCAAAAAUAAUUUAAAUUUUAAUCAAUUUUUAAAUGUAUUAAAGGUUUAUAAAAUAAAAUGUCCAUUCAAAAUUUGUUUUAUAAACCUUUGAUAAAUUUAUAAAUUGUUUAUGAAUAAGACUUUUUAUAUUUAAAAUAGUACAUAUUGUUCGUUCUUAAACGAAAGCAACAAAAUAAAAAUAUAUUUAUUACACAAAAUGGUUGUAAACUCUA